AUGGGAUUUCGUAUUAGAGAUGCACAUUACCAUACGCUAGCCGCUAACCGUUGGUCAAUAGCGAUGAGCCUACCAGACUGGUGUCCUCCAUUCCAAGGUACCAAGCAGGACCCCAGCACGGGCGAGGAUGUGUACUGCAUCUGCAAGAAGCCGGACGGCGGCGAGCUGAUGGUGCAGUGCGACGGAUGUGGCGACUGGUUCCAUUUCACGUGCAUCCGGAUCCCCAGCGCGUACAAGAGCUUGGUAUUCUCGUUCUACUGCCCCUAUUGCCAGGCAGGUAUCACGUACAGCGGGACGGGCGCGCUGCCGAGGACGGUGUGGAAGCGGCGGUGCCGCAUGGAGGGUUGCUACCGGGCUUGCGCGCGCGACAGCAAGUACUGCGGGCCGGAGCACGGGGAGGCGUACAUGCGGGCGCUGGUGGAGCGCGCGGGGCCGGGUGGGCAGGCGGUGGUGCAGCAGAUGGUGCGUACGGGGCAGUUCGAGAGCCUGGGCACGGGCGCGCUGCCGCUAGCGCGGCGCGACGUGGACCCGGCGCUGUACGACCGGGUGGUGGGCGCGGACGCGCGGCUCGGGGAGCUGGAGGCGGAGGCGCGCGAGGUGCGCGAGGCGCGGCGGCCCGCGCUGCGCGCACAACUGGCCGCGCUGAGCGCGUACCUGGCGUGGGUGCGUGAGGUGAAUGACGCGCUGUUCCAUGACACAGAGGAGGCGGCUCCGCGGCGCGGCAAGGCGCGCGCGCGCCGCAAGCCCAAGCGCGCGCUCUGCGGCUUCCGCGCCGACUACCAGGCGCCGCUGCCGGCCGCGGACUUUGCCGCCAGCUACGCGGACGACGCGGCGCUCCUGCACGGCGUGUGCUGUCGCCUGCGCUGCCCGCGCCACCAAGACUGGGCCAGCAUGCGGCUCGGCUCCGUGCAGUUCGAGCUCGAGGCGCUCGACAGCGCGGAGCAGCGGCUGCAGCUGCUCAUCAGCAUGCGCAAGGAACACCUGUCGCUGCGCUUCCACGAGCUCCGCGCCGGCGCACACCCGCGCGUGGCCACGCCUGCUACGUAG